AUGCUUGUCCCGCUCUGGCGUGCGUCAGUGGCACCAAGCUGGAAGACGUCCUAUCGUCGCCUUCACUCAUGUGUAGGUCGACUCGCCGAGGCCCGCACAGUCCGGCUUGAGUCACAACGUGGCACGGGCCGACCGGUGGCGCAUGUCCUGCAGGAGGUAUGUUCGGGCGACGCCGGCUCGUACGUGGUUGCGCGUGAUAAUCACGGACGCCCAUUAUCUCUUGGUGAUUCGAUUGAUAGCACACUGUCGUCACUUACCUUCCUUCCCUUUGAGGCUGAUGAUAAGCUUGCCCAACGCACAUUCUGGCUGUCUUCGGCCUAUGUCUUGACUAUCGCACUCAGUCGUGUGUGCGGUCCUAUUAUAUGUGACAUACCCAGCGUAAAAGAGAGCUCAGGGGCACACGCUGAUGGUAUAUCUGGGUAUGUUGUUGAAUUCUUGCGAGUGCCUUCUCUUCCGACGAUUGAGUUGGGCGAGCAUUCAUUCCGCGAAUUGCGCGCGCAGGUGGAGCAAAGCAUCCAGAUUCUUGUUGAUGAACAGCGCCAAGUUGGUGCACCGAAGGUGUCACCGGAAGAGGUCAGCUCCGUGGAUCAGUUCAUGAAGCAGCUGUGCGCAAAGUCGUUCGAUUUCCAAAUUGCACGUGUGAAUUGGAAAGAGGCAUGGUCUUUGUUCAAGCACAACCCGCUAUUGUUGCGUAGUAUUGUGAGUUAUGGAGAACAAGAUGCCCUUGUACCUGUCGUGUACAUGGGACAUGAAGCAUGCGGCGUGCUGCCGUUAAACGAGGUGCUUCUCCGACGUACAAAACCCAUUAAGGCUGCCAAGGUGCUAGGAUGGUCUACGUCAUCGCUUCCUGUUGCAGGUAUGUCGGAUGAAAGUACACAGCCCCUUCUCCGUGUGCGUGGUAUUUCAUUCCCAAGUGCACAAGACUUGCAGCAAUACUCAGCUCGCAUGUCCGAGCUGGAAAAAUCGGAUCAUCGGCAUCUCGGCAUCGCUCAAGGUCUGUUCUUUGCGCACGACUCGUCACCAGGCAGUCCGUUUGUGAUGCCGCAUGGCAUGCGAUUGCUACGCAAAGUUGAGCGUGUCAUUCGCGAUCUGUACGACACAUUCGGAUAUGACGAAGUGCAGACGCCCCAGCUAUUCCGCAGCUCGCUAUGGAAGCAAAGUGGCCAUUGGGAAAAGUACCGUGAAGACAUGUUCAGUGCUCAGGGCUUCUCGUGCUGUGGUGCUCAUGACGAUGUGUUUGGCCUCAAGCCAAUGAACUGUCCGGGUCACUGUGUGAUGUUUGCCCACCAACCUCGCUCUUACCGCGAACUCCCGAUGCGUCUUGCUGAGUUUAGUCCUUUGCAUCGGAAUGAAGCCUCUGGCGCAUUAUCUGGCUUGACACGCGUGCGGCGCUUCCAUCAGGAUGAUGCACACGUGUUUUGCACGCCUGCGCAGGUCGCCACGGAGAUCGAGUCGAUGCUACACAUGUUGUCGCUUGCCUAUCGCGUUUUUGGAUUCGGUGACCGGUUCGAACUUGUCUUGUCCACGCGGCCACCGAACUUUCUGGGUCAGGUCGAAGCCUGGGAUCAUGCGGAAGCAAGCUUAAAAGAGGCACUCGAUGCGAGUGGCAAGCCAUGGACACUGAACGAAGGCGAUGGCGCAUUUUACGGACCCAAGAUCGACAUCCGUCUCGUCGACGCCAUGGGCCGGAAGCACCAGACGGCAACGAUCCAGCUGGAUUUCCAGCUGCCUGAACGAUUCGGUCUUGAAUAUGCCACUUCAUCGCAAGUUCCCAGCACAGAGCAAGUGCGUCCCGGUUACGCUCGGCCAGUCAUGAUUCAUCGUGCGAUUCUAGGUAGCUUUGAGCGAUUCCUUGCGAUCCUUGUUGAACAAUGCAAGGGCUGGUGGCCUUUUUGGCUUAGCCCGCGCCAAGCCGUUGUGAUUCCAGCGUUUAGUGGCAACGAAGAAACACACCAAGCUGUGGCUGAUUACGCUGCGCACGUACAAUAUACCCUGAGCGGACACACGCACGAAACGCGCGAGACACGCAGUCCGUUUCUCUCACCCACCAUGGCACAUCAAACAUUGCAGGUGCCAUCGCGGACACGCUUUCAAAUUGAGCUCCCUCCACAGUCACUUGUGCCUGCCGGCGACACACUAGGGAAAAAGGUGCGCCAUGCACAACUGAGUCGCUUUAAUUUCUUUUUGAUUGUCGGUCCGCAAGAGGCCAAGAACCGCACUGUGAGUGUGCGCAUGCGAGAUGAAAAGGCUGCACCAGCAUGGCAUGCUGGAGAAGAUGCAUUCCACACGAUGCCAUGCAAGAUCCAAGAUCUAACAUGGGCCGUCAUCAAGGCUACAUUCCCUGAUCGGUACGCUGCGCACGACGCCAAGAUGAGCUUGGAUCUUGGGACGUGGACUCUACCUGAUCUUUGGCGCCUCUUUUGCGUGCUUGAUGCCUUGCAUGUUUAA